AUGGAUAUUGAGAUGUUGAUAUUAAAAGGGUUUUGGGAUGUUUUAUUUGUUGUGGGUAUGUAUGGGUAUGUAUGGGUGGAUUCUAAUGAUUUUGAGGAUUUAAAGAUUUGGGGAAUGUUUUGGUUUUGGGUUUAUUUGGAAUUGGAUUUCCCUGAUUCGCUGUCAAUGUCAUCAUAUAUUAAUAGAAUCCUCUCUGAACCUGUCAGAACCUCGUAUUCCUUACCUUUUCCAAAAUCUCUAGAAUCCUUCUACAGGAGUUUCUUGGUGAGCAAGUUGAUGUAUGAGAAGGAAAUACUUGAGAAAAUUACCGCGUUUAUUACAUGGACACCCUUCCUCUUGGCUUAG